AUGGCUGUAGUCUCACCCCCUGCCAUCUUCCCCAAAAAGGGCAUCCUCAAGCCCGCUCGCGAGCCCGCCACCUCCGAGCACGAGGAAGACGAAGACGAGGUAAAGUAUACCCGGAGCGAGAGAGGCGUGUACCUGCUGUACCUGGAACUAAAGGCGCAGUUCGACGCAGACAGACGGCGGGAAAGCGAAGACGAAGCAAGCGAAGCAAGCGAAGUGCACCAAGACGACGCCGUCAUUCCGUCUGAGGAUGUUGGCUGGAUGACAUUGACUCUCCCCACUUCCUGCACUUCUGCUGAUGCUGAUGCUGAAGCUCAUGCUCUCGCACCCCCGUCUGAAUCUGACUCGUCUGCCGCCAGCCAGCACGCUCACGUCCUCCUCUCGACCUCCGCGAGUAGCAUCCGUUACUUCUCUAAAAGCCAAAGCCAAAGCCAAAAGGCAAAAGGCAAAAGCCAAAAGGCAAAAACCAAAAGGCAAAAGCCAAAGCUAAAGAGCAAAAUCAAAAGGCAAAGUCAAAAAAAGCCAAAGGCCAAAAAGGCAAAGUCAAAAGCCGAAAAAGCCCAAAGGUCAAAAUACCAAAACACCAAAAGCCCAAAGGCCAAAAUCCAAGGCCCAAAAUCCAAGGCCCAAAUCAAAAAGCCAACAUCCCAAGGCCCAAAUCCCAAAGGCCCAAAUCCAAAAGGCCCAAAUCCCAAAGGCCAAUAUCAAAAGGCCAAUAUUAAAAGGCCAAUAUCAAAAGGCCAAUAUCAAAAGGCCAAUAUCAAAAGGCCAAUAUCAAAAGGCCCAAAUCAAAAGGUCUAUAUCCAAAAGCCAAAGGCCAAUAUCCAGAAAUUGAAGGCAAAAACCAACGUCCAAAUGGCAAAGGCCCAAAUCCAAAGACCAUCAUCCAAAGGCCAAAUCCAAAGGCCACAAUCCAAAGGCCCAAAACUCAAGGCUUAA